AUGAAGCACUUCAAGAUUGUCACGCUAUGCGCCGUCGUAUUGGCCUCGCAGGCAGUCGCCAACCGACAGUUCCUCGAGCUGGCUGCUACCAACCCAAUUGCACUGAAGAACUGUGACGUUCGUAACGAUCUUGCUUGCGCUUUGCCUAGUGUAGGCGCAGGUGUUCUUUACUACAACGACGGCCGCAAAUUCCUUGAUCGUGAAGGAGCAGAAAUCAUCUGCACCAAAGUCUCGUACUCGGAAUGCCCAAAGCCUUCAGAGCUCGCUCGCAGCUCCAAAUGGUGGCAAGAUGCGCUCGUGGCGUCUCGCGUGCCUGCCGAGAGUGAUUCCGCGAUUCCGCUUGCAGCUCAGCUUGAUGCCCGUCGGCGGCACUUGGCUCAAUCUGUACCUGCUUCACAAAGAGCUCGAGUGAAUCUGUAUGCUAUGCUGCAGACACUCAGACAGUCCGUAGGCCGCGCGCCUCAUGCCGCAAUUGUAGACGUCGGCGCACCUUUGUCUUUGCAGCCUGUCCAGUCGAAUGUGGACAAGACGCUGCUUCUGAGGGAUCUGCAGAGCAAUCGACGCACUCGCGGUCAUCUCCAUCUGACUGUCUGCUCAGAAUGCAUUCGGAGCUCGUAUUGCGCCUACAUCGCCCGUGACGACGCAGGCGAUUUAAUCGUCCUGGCGGUGUACAAUACACCUCGAAUCCAGUCCCUGCUCGAGCCAGGCUCGUACACAGUCGUGGAUCCGAUGGUCAAGACGAGGCAUGGGCUGGGUUAUUUCAUACGUCUCGACUGUCCGGCGGAGCUACGGCCUGUUCGCAGUCUUGCUGAGCCAACAGUAGACCGAGUGCAAAGAAUGCUGCAACAUCGACAGUAUUGCUCUGCAUUAUCAAUCGUGGAAGCAAGAUUCGCCGAGUCGACUAGAGAUCAUGCAGCUCUGGCAGAGCUCGCCGCAAUCGCUGCGUAUGAGCUUGGUCACUAUGACAAAGCAGAGCAGCUCGCGAGAGACCUCACGAGCACACGCAGCAGGAGGUUGUGCUCUCUAAUCGGACAUAGGCAACGCGAGCAAGCAGGUCAAUUCGCUUGGCAAGACCAUGUCGAUGUUCCUCAUCGUGCUGGCGUGCAUCUAGGCGAUUAUGUGACGAGCGUCUCGAUCGAAGACGUCCAGUACAAAGGCAGAGGACUCGUAGCGCGUCGAUUCUACCAAGCUGGCGAUCUGAUCAUGGUUGAGCGACCUCUGGCCAUGUGCGAUGGUCUUAUGACUUCAGACAUUCUUGGUGCGGAAGUAACGACUCGCCAGUUCUUAUCAGCAGCUCAGAUGGAGCUACGCGCUAUGCUCUUGCAUGCUAUGGACAAUAAUAUUCUCGUCAGGCACAAGGUCGCGCGGCUCUUCGCAGGUCCCGACGCAGAGCGCUUGCCUUCCGAUGUGUCUCAGAGGGUACAUAAUACUUCGCUAGAGGAUGUGGCUUGGAGCGCCUGGGCACAAAGAGUGCACCGUGUGUGCCACUACAAUACUUUCAAGCCUUUCUGGUCUACUGUCGAGCCUUCAGCAAAAGGCGCAUCCGCGCUUUACUAUCUAGCGAGUCACAUCAAUAACGACUGUACAGGCAACAGUCUAUACUUCUUUGCACGCGAUUCCAUGGUCUUCCGAGCGACGCGCGAGAUUAACAUCGGAGAGGAGAUCACCACAGCGUACAUGCCACAUCUUCCCUUGGCCGAACGGCAAGCGAGUCUGCGCGUACUCGGGAUCGAUUGUCAAUGCGAUCUUUGUCGUUCUCAAGCCGGCAUGCCAGUCUCGCAACCUGUGCCUCGAUUCGACAUUGCCAAUGAGCAUGCUCAGCGCGCUCUGACGCUGCGCAAGAGUGACCUUGAUGCAUCUGAAGCAGAAACGAUCAAUGCUCUUGUUGCUCUCGGUACUGGCCUCAGAGCUUUCUGCAGGGACGUCUACCUGGAAGAUCUUGUGACGUGCCUGCCAAGGAUUGCGCCAGAACUCGCCAUCAGCUUGUGCGACAAUCUGGCCGACUUGCAGAUCCAGCGCGGACGGCAUGCGUCGCAGAAGACAUGGGAGAAUGCAAGCUCGUUCAUUCGAAUGCAAUACUUUGGCGUUGCAAAAGCUCAAAACCCUUCGAGCGAUCGCGAAAGGGGCUAUGACUAA